AUGCUCAGUACUAUCUCAGGAACGGGCUUGAAUGGUCUUUCAAGAUUGAUCCGUCCCUCGCAUUCUACAGUCUUGGUGACUCGGCAUGCAUCAUUGAAUUCAGCAAUUGGAGAGGGUAUCCGGAGAUCUCAAAGCGCGGAUGCGGACAGAGAAGAUCGCCGUAGCAACGAGUCUCGUUUUCCCAAACGACAUGAGCGACAAUACGAGGGGCAAUACGGAGCGCGACAAUACGAGCGAUUGCAUGGAUCUAAUUUCAAUGAACGUCAAGCAAACGGAGCGCGACAGUACGGAAGGCAAAAAUACGAGAGAUCAGGUCAAUCCAACUUCAAUGAACGUCGAGCGUAUGGGGCACCGCAGAAUGGAGAACAGAAGCCCGAGAGAUCAGGAUUAAAUUCCGGUGCUCAUCAAAACUACGGGCGCAGCGAGCGAGAAUACAGGGCGAAAACCCCCUGGACAUCAGAUGGUCUAGGGCGUAAAGACUAUGACCGCCGACAAUCGCCAUGGAACGGCAACUCCCAAUCCCCAAGACAAAGCCGAAAGGAAGAGAAGUUUGAGUUCGAUGAGGAUGAAUUCAUUCGUUCUGGUGAUUUCCGAGGACUUCCUCGCGAACAUCAAUCCCGAUUCCAAUCUCGAUUCCAAUCGCGAACCCAAGAUAGUCCGUUCACACAAUCGGCACGAGGAAGGCCUCCAAUGGACGAACCACGGGAGAAGGAGCCAGCAAGACCUCGAGCUCACCGGAUCACGGGUAGCAUGCCAGAGCGGGUGAAGGACAACGUUAAAGUGCCCGACGCAAUCCCCUACACUACACCAGCAUCUGAGUUUAUUUACGGCACCAGUGCCGUGGAGGCAGCACUGCGCUGCAGCCGGCGUCAACUAUACAAGCUCUAUAUCUACCAGAGCGCGGAGGAAGAGCUCAGUGCAGCAAAGAUGACAAUCCGCAAACUGGCGUUGUCAAAGAACAUUACAGUAAAAAUGGCAUUUGCAGGGUGGGAUCGACUUAUGGACAAGAUGAGUGCUGGGCGACCUCACAAUGGGUGCAUUUUGGAGGCAUCCCCUUUGCCAAAAUUGCCUGUGCGUGGCCUCCAGGCUGUUCCAUCUAUAUCCGAGGAGUAUUUCCGGACGGAACUUGCGCCACAAACCCGGGAAGAAGCUGCGGUAAAUGGCACUGAUGACCGUAUCCACAUCCAUCAUCCCUCUCCGUCCCCGCAGGACACGGAACAACGUCAUCGAUACCCAAUCGUGUUGCUAUUGGAUGGAGUCGUCGAUACCGGUAAUAUGGGCGCCAUCAUCCGUUCGACCUAUUUCUUAGGUGUCGAUGCAAUUGUUCUAGCUGGUCGCAACUCUGCACCAUUGUCUCCCAUCACGAUCAAAUGUUCUGCUGGCGCAGCUGAGAAUAUGCCUAUCCUUCACGUUAAGAAUGAAGUUGAUUUCAUUCAACGAUCCCAGCAGAACGGAUGGCGAUUCUAUGCUGCAGAUGCACCCACUCCCGGCUCCGUGCACUUGGAUCACGUCUCAGCUGACGGUGAUCAAAGCGGGGUCACAUUACCCAUCACAACCGCGCCUAGUGUCAUAAUGAUGGGCAGUGAGGCUACAGGGCUGAGUUCGCAUAUAAAAUCACAUGCAGAUGCAAUCGUAAGCAUUCCAGGCGCCCGGCAUAACUCCUUCCUAGGCGUUGAAUCGGAUCCCGCCCGCGUCGACAGUCUAAAUGUGAGUGUCGCUGCCGCGCUACUGAUGGAGAAGUUCCUGCGGACUCCUAUGACCUUGGGUGAGGUCGUCAAGAAAGAAAAGAACAUAGAAAAACACAUGGGAAAGGACAAAAUGUGGUGA